CGCCUGUCCACUUUCGAAAGAACGCCGCGCCCGCGAACACGAUAUUACACGGUUUUUUUUUGUUUCUUACUCCGGAUCGGCACUGGACGAAAUACAAUCCAUACUUUCUGCAAUACGGAAUCCAAAUCCGCAACAAUGCUAGGCAUCGCCGACAUGCAGCCACGGCAACUCGCCGCGCAAGUGCUCAACUUUGCGCUGGUGCUGUCGACAGCAUUCAUGAUGUGGAAAGGGCUGUCUGUAGUGUCGGACUCGCCAUCGCCAAUCGUGGUUGUGCUUUCUGGAUCCAUGGAGCCGGCGUUCCAGCGCGGCGACCUGCUGUUUCUGUGGAACCGGGGGCUCGAUACACAGGUGGGCGAGAUUGUCGUGUACAAUGUCAAGGGCAAGGAGAUUCCCAUUGUGCAUCGUGUGGUGCGGAGAUAUGGUGGAGGUAAAACUCCUCUUCGCCUCCUCACAAAGGGAGAUAACAACCUUGCUGACGACACGGAACUGUACGCUGCUGGCCAAUCCUUCCUCAACCGCAAAGAAGAUGUCAUUGGAAGUGUAGUCGGAUUUAUACCUUUUGUGGGAUAUGUGACGAUUCUGCUGAGCGAGCAUCCAUGGCUGAAACAGGUCAUGCUGGGAAUAAUGGGAAUCAUGGUAGUGUUGCAGAGGGAAUAGUAUGUGCAUGGUAGCAAGAGGGCGUUGUGUGUAUGUGUUUUGCGUGUUGAGAUUGAUGACGGCAAUGUGGAUGGCAUCAUGUCCAGACAUAGUGUUGAUCUUGGCUGAAAAGCGUUGCUCACCAGUUUUGAUGUAUGCAUGCUGUACGUAUGCUUGAGAGAUGGUAGACCCGGAUGUUUAAGGUUUAUCCAAGCACAUUCUAAAUGUACAGAAUUGAAUCAAACAAG